GUUUUCAUGCUUUUACUGCAAGUAGCCUAAGGUGUCGAUUAUUAUUUUCUCCAGCAGUGCAAUUACUUUGGAGGAGUUGCUUCAAGCCGUGAAACCAGUCACAGGUUGCACUGUUUUGCAGCGUCUCAGAGCGAGGGUCUUUGGUGAGAGCGGUUCACUGUCGCUGUCCGACCAGUUUGUUUACCUCAUUGUGCGUUGACAUUGCGUCGUCAGACACAUAGGCUAGACAUAAUAGAGCUUGAGUGCCUGAAUUUAAAUCAUUCUUGGCCGACUGUACAUGCAGAUUGCGUUUAGUUCAGCAUGGUCAAGCAAUUGUUAUAAAGGUUGUAGAGACCAAAGUGCGUGGGGAAAAAAUGGAGAGAGAAGCGACAUCUUUGAAGCAGCAAUAUUGCUGCACAACUGUUAUGAACGUUAUCUCGUCGUUAUUCUCUGUAGCGUCCCUUGCCUUUUGCAUAUUAUUAAGUGUACAAACAUCAGCGAUCGCGGACAGGGUCCUGGAUUUGGAAACUGGACAUGGCGAGCAAAUCUUUCACAGGGUCCCCAGUUUUUCUGUGGAUCAGUUUAAUUCAUUGAUUCAAGAGAGAGUGGAUGAGCUCCUGUCACAGCGCUCCUAUGAAAAUUUAUCGAAGGUACGGAUUGCCCGACAAGUUAGCCAUACUCCUGAUUGCAACUGUCCCCCAGGCCCGCCAGGAAAGCGGGGAAGAAGAGGCCGGAAUGGCGAACCUGGACCUCCUGGUCCUCCUGGUCUUCAGGGUGACAAGGGGGAUCAAGGCGACCAAGGACCGCGGAUGGUCUUCCCUAAGAUCAAUCAUGGCUUUCUUUCUGCUGACCAGCAGCUCAUAAAGCGGCGGCUUAUUAAGGGAGAUCAGGGUUCGGCAGGUCCACCAGGGCCUCCUGGACCCCCAGGUCCCCCUGGCCCCCGAGGGCCACCAGGGGACACAGGCAAGGAUGGGCCCCGGGGAGUGCCAGGUCUGCCGGGAGAUACUGGGACCCCAGGAGAGCUGGGACUAAUGGGACCUGAGGGGCCACCAGGACAAAAGGGUUCCCUCGGGCCUCCAGGCAUCCCAGGUGAUGAUGGGCUGAAGGGUGAAAUGGGAGAGCGAGGUGAAAAGGGUGACAUGGGAGAAGAUGGGCAAAAAGGUGAAGUUGGGGAGAAGGGUGAUGCAGGCUCCUCUGCUGCAGGCAUUAAGGGUGAACCAGGAGAGUCAGGACGUGGGGGAUCAAAGGGAGAGCCAGGACUUCCAGGGCUGCCUGGACUUCCCGGGAUUAAGGGUGAGCCUGGAUUCUUAGGACCUCAGGGAGAACCAGGGCUCCCAGGACUACCGGGAACCAAGGGCGAGCGAGGGGAACUUGGCCCACCAGGCAAGGGAGAGCGGGGGCGAGCCUGGACAGGCCGGUCAAAAGGGGGGGCCAGGAGAGGCAGGGAACCCAGGCCCUAGAGGUUCAAAGGGAGAGACAGGAGACAAGGGAGACCUGGGCUCUAUGGGACCAUGGGGACCCCCUGGGCAGAAAGGUGACCAAGGAGCCACUGAAAUCAUUGAUUACAACGGGAACAUCCAAGAAGCUUUACAGGUCAGA